AUGGCUACCUCUGGCAUCGAUCUCGAGCUCCUGAAGGCAAUGAUGACUCCUCUCCCCGAAACCUUUGGCUCAGAGUCGGAGACCUCUCACGACAGCACGAACCUCGACUAUUCCAUGGAUGAAGGCAGCGUCAAUUCCUUCCUCCUCUCUCUUCUCCCGAACCACGGCGGAUCGUCCGAUGCGAUUGAUAUUUCCGACAUACAAGGUCUCUCGAGGUCCAAUUCGAUGCUGCAUAGGAUGUCCAUCGACAUUCCCGGUACAUCACAAACGCUAGACAUGUACCUCGAGGAUGAUAACGAUGGCGACAGCACCGACGACGACGACUACGCUCAGGUUCCACUCCUCACCCAAAGCUUCUCCUCAUCCACCCUUUCCUCUUCCAUGUCCUCUUCGUCCUCGAUUUCUGGCGGUAUCAUCGACCUCACCACACCCACAAACUUAGAGCUCCAAUCCAACGGACAUGCCCAGUUCCAAUCCAAGUCCCAGAGCCAAACACAGGCCCAAACACCUUUCAUCUCAAACCACACCGUGCUCUUCACCCCUUCUCGCUCAUUCUCGUCCACUCGCAGCCGCAACCUCGCCGCCUCACUCUCACAAAUCCGUGUCAAAGAAGGUUCCGCAGGCGCGACUGUCGAAGGAGACUCUCUCAACCCGUUCGCACCUUCUUUCAGGCCAAAACUGUGGUGGAUCGGAGCGAAACCUCAAGAAGUCCCAGCUGGAAGGAAUAUUGAGGGGCAUUUCUCGCCAAAGGCGAAGAGUUUCUUCACGCCUCCGAGCAAUGUUAACGGCGAGUAUGGGCGUGGACAUGGACGUGGACAUGGAUAUGGAUAUGGGACACGUGAGUCCAUGCCUCCAGCGCCGGUGAUGAUGAUGCCGGCUGUGAGUGAAGGGGCGUAUGAUUAUGGGAAGGGGGUGGAGAGACAAGACUCGUCUUUGAGAAGGCGAAGGAUGGGUUAUUAUUGA